AGUAGGAAAUUAGUAAUACAUGUAAAAAACAUCAGUCAAGUGCAGGACCAUCUUUCGGUUGUUCAAGUGACCCAGAUUUACCCAGAUUUACCCACAUGGCGGUAACAAAAACCUUCAUCUUUGAGCUGGCAGACACAGCGGUGGAGAAUUCAACAUAUACAUACGAUUAUGGAAACGACACAGAACCUUUAAUCUGUGAUGAGGGUACUGCCAUGCAGACUGUGCAUGCCGUUUUGCAACCUGUGCUGUACAGCUUGAUCUUUCUGCUGGGUGUGGCAGGGAAUGGCCUGAUGGUAACCGUUCUCCUGAGACGUUGGCGCCGCCUGCGCAUAACUGAGAUCUACCUGCUGCACCUCGCCGUGGCUGACCUCAUGCUCCUUUCCACAUUUCCUUUUGAUGUAGUUGAAAAUGCCGCCGGUUGGCUGUUUGGAGACUUUCUCUGCAAGCUGACGGGUCUGGUGCACAACCUAAACCUCCACUGUGGGAGUUUCCUUUUAGCUUGCAUUGGGUUUGACCGGUAUUUGGCCAUUGUUCAUGCCAUUCCCAGUAUGCAAAGUCGACGUCCGAGAACAGUGCACCUAACAUGCGCCACGUUGUGGCUGGUCUGUCUGGGGUUAUCAAUCCCCAAUGCUGCGUUUCUUUCUGUGAGUGCAGAUGCCAGACAAAUAUCUCAUCUCUCCUGUUACUAUCAUGAUUAUGGGAUCUAUGCAAACAACUGGGUUUUGACGAAUAUAGUCUUAGAUCACGUGUGCUUUUUCCUACCUCUGGCUGUCAUGAGCUACUGUUACACAGCAGUAAUAGUUACAUUGUGCAACAGUCAGAAAAGGCAAGCAAAGCAAGGAGCAAUUAGACUGGCUUUACUCCUCACUCUUGUCUUUUUCUGCUGUUGGCUGCCAUAUAAUAUCACCUUAUUGAUCAAAACUAUGGUAGACAUGGAGGUCAUCUCAUAUGAAACCUGUGAACCUUAUGUCCGACUGCAACCAACCGUUGAUGUGACGAAAAGCCUUGGUCUCUCACACUGUUGCCUGAACCCUUUCUUGUACGCCUUUGUUGGGGUGCGCUUUCGCAAUGAGCUAUUACAGUUACUUUGUAAAUUGGGCUGCAGCCAUGUUUGCCUCCCUUUUAUCCGAGCUCAGGGUCACAGUCGAAUAUCCACUUCUGACGGCGCAACCAGCACCAUGUUCAUCUAAUGAACGCUCGUACAAUGUCAGCUGGAACUGAACCGCUCCCGUUCUACAGUAAAUCAUUUGUACAGUAAUGAUGGAACAUUUUAUAAUUUAUAUAAAAUGUUCUGACAGUAUAAUACCCACUGCUACUGUGAUUGCAUUUAAAAUAUGUUUUAUUUGCCCAGUCAAGAAAAUGUUUAUCAUUUGGCCAGAAACUGUUUGCUUGUACUUUAGCUACUGCUAAUUAAAUUCAAUAAAGAUU